AAAGCAGCAUUCGUUUGUACCUGGUUUUUUAGUUUUCAUCUGGUUUGUACACAGUUCAAGGUUUUUAAUUUUUUGCGUCGCUUCCCUUCACACCCCUAGCACUAUUUCCUACCAGUCAUUUUACCAUAUACCACGGUAAUCGGGUCAACAUGUCGGUGCCCGUGUAUUCGAAAAAUAAGCGCGGUGGCGAGCUGCUGACGCUGGAAGGGUACGAAUACCUGCGGGUCCACGGGAAAGACAACCGUUGGCGUUGCCGUCUGAAGGAGCGCUGUAACGCCCGGUUGGAGAUGAGCGACGAGCUGGCCACCCUGCACACGCACCACAGUCACGAGCCCGUGGAGCACAUCGAGCAGAACGAGCAGGAGCACAGUGAACCAGCGGUGCACAUCGAAGAGUCCCCGUCGCCCCCAGCGUGGUGGAGACGGAGGAGAACGAGCGGCAGACGCCUGAGAAGCCGUCCGAAAAGAGCGUGCAUCCGGGGGACAGCCUGGAGAAGGAAUGGGAGUACCCGGAGCCCGAGCCUAUCAUCAAGCCCGCGGCCUCCAACGGCAAAUCCAAGACAGGCGGCAAUCAACGGGCGAUGAGCGCCGUGAGCAUGAACGGCAUUGUCAAGAAGAAGACGGUCAACAAAAGCGUGAAGAAGAAGAAGAGGCCGACGGCGAUGAAGGGAAAGGCGAAGAAGCCGACGGCGACGAAGGAAAAGGCGAAGAAGCCGAUACUGGCGCAGUUAAUGGCAAAGAAGACCGUGAACGGAUUAGGUGAACGGGAUCGGACUGGACGAUUCACCGGCACCGGAAGUGCCAAGAAGAGCGAAAAGGCACCGGCUCCGCGUGCUUCAACAGCAGCGCCCAAAUCCUUUCCGCCCGCUCUCCGGGUGCCACGGGUGGCCUCAUCGCCUCCUCCUCCCGCAAAAUCUCCACAUCCUGGGAUUGCUCUACCAUUCCCGAAGGUCGCUGUGCCAUACCCGAAUAUGCUGGAAAAUAGCGGUUUCAUGGGGACCGUUGGGGUGGAAGCCGGAGAAAAGUUUGGGCAAUACGUCACGGCCAUGCUGAACACGCUCCGCCCCGAACGAAAGCGGCAGUACAUGAAGGCCAUUCGGAGAACCAUCGCUGAGCUGGAUCUGCAGGCGGCCGACCAGGAUUCCGACGUCGAGAUGGUUUAACGGGGAACACCGACAGUUGUAGCGGUUUUGUUUGAUGGGUGGUUUCCGAGGGAAAAGGCUUUUUUUGUAGAAUAUCAUUGUGUACAGAUCUCUUGCUUUCAGUUCCAUGUUUUUGAUGGCCGGCUCAUUUUUACAUCGCGAGUACAGUAUCAUUCCGUUUUUUGUUGAUGUGUGCAAUGAUUUGCGAACCAUUUUACCAUUUUCUGCACGGGUUGAUGGUGCUUGAGUAUUUUUCUGUCCCUUUAAAAUUUUUUGCUCUGUGCAAGACCUCGAGUUUAGACGCGUAGCAUUUUCUUUGGACCGAUUGACUUCGCUGUAGGAACUGUUGGAAUAGGCUGCAAAAAAGCAAGAGUUUUUUUCGAAAUAAAAGAAUAAAG